AUGCAACAUCAACCUACUCUGGAUACUGCCAUCACUGCUACAUCUACGAAUGCUGCAUCAUCAACAGACUCUUCCUCAUCAAUGAGAAUAGGCGACUUUAGCUUUGGAUCGGAGGUUGGAAGAGGCUCAUUUGCUACAGUCUACAAAGCAGUGCAUUUGCCUACUUCUACCACUGUAGCCAUCAAGUCAGUGUCCAGAGCAAAGCUUAACCGCAAACUCGCUGAAAACCUUGAAACUGAAAUACGGAUCCUACAGGGUAUCCAUCACCCAAAUAUUGUACAGCUACUAGAUAUUCUUAAAACCGACACAGACAUACAUCUUGUUAUGGAGUAUUGCUCAUUAGGCGACUUGUCCAUCUUUAUCAAGAAAAAGGGAAUGGUGGGCUCGCUAUCUGGCUCUUCACGUGUAUCAACUGCCCACUUUAAUGGCCCCUGGGGUGGACUACAUGAAACCGUGAUUCGACAUUUUUUAGCACAGCUUGUUGCCUCGUUGGAAUUUAUGCGUUCCAAAAGUUUAAUUCAUCGAGACCUGAAACCACAGAAUCUACUUUUAUGUCCAGCAAGCCUCGGACAGCCAGAUGUUAGAUUAAAGCCCAUACGUCCAAACAUUCCUGCGGUAACUGUUCCUGCUCUUCCUACAUUGAAGCUUGCAGAUUUUGGAUUUGCAAGAGCACUUCCUGCACAGUCAAUGGCGUCUACUUUAUGUGGAUCGCCUCUCUAUAUGGCUCCAGAAAUUUUGCGUGGUGACAAAUACGAUGCCAAGGCUGAUUUGUGGUCGCUGGGAGGAAUUCUUUAUGAAAUGAUUACAGGGCGACCUCCUUUUAAUGCUCAAAACCAUAUUGAGCUGCUAAGAAAAAUUGAGAGCCGUGGUGGAUGGAUCAAAUUCCCUGGCGAGGCACCAGAUGAGCGCAAUGUGAUGAGACCUCGAGAAGUUCCUGGACAACUGCGAUUGCAACCACUUAAUCUUCAGCAAACACAGCGACGACAACCAUCUGCACAUCAAUCACAGUUUACCCAACAGCAGCCUGGGCAUAGAGUUAGUCUGACUCAAUUGGCUGCAUCACCAAUUAAUCCCUCCACUCCACUUCAUGUGGGAUCAUUAGGCUCUAGUCCAAAGUAUGCAAAUUUCACAAAAGCUCGUGAUUUUCCUCCUGUUCCAGACGAUUUGAAAGAUCUUGUUCGACGGCUACUCAAGCGAGAUCCGGUAGAACGUAUGACUUUUGAAGAGCUAUUUAUGCAUCCGUGUGUUGCUGUACUGCGCGUGGCGGAGCCUCGUAUAUCUACUAUUCCACUGCGUAAUACAACAACAGGGUUUAAUCCUGCUGCUUUUCCUAGUGGAUCAUCAGAUAAUUUAUCACAAAUUAGCUCAUUAGCAAUAGGCAUAAAACGGCUUCCCUCGAGAUCUUCACAGUUGCAUUUGCAAUCGCACCCAUCACAAUCUCAAAUGCAACACUACUCCCCUCCCACUGCUCUUCAGCAACUUCCAUGCUCUCUACCGUCGCAUAUGGAAAACGCUUCAGCCGAUAUCAGAUUUGUACAAAAACAAGGGUUACGAAAGUCUCCAUCAUUUCAAGCCUAUAACACUCAUUCACCGGUAUCACCUUCUCCAUUAAAUCCCAUGUCUAAUCCUUCGCGCGAAGAUAUUUCUUAUAAUUAUGUUGCUCAUCGCACUUCAGCAGAUAAUAUAACGACCCAUUUUGGCGCUGGUGGUGGAGAUAUUCGCCAUGGAGCAGGUAUUGAAGCGAGUGCCAAGUCUGAAGUAAAAACUACUGCUAGUGCUCCAUCAGAUAUAUCCUAUAUUUCUAAAGCCACCACCAGUGUACGAAAGUUGGAGCCGCCAUUUGCAGAGUAUGGAUUGCAAAUGCUUCCGCAUGAUACUACUCGUACCGAGUCUCGAACGCGUUUCCCUCCUGCUUUAGAGCGACAGAUUUCUGCAGUCGUUGGCAAACCUACAACCCCACAUACCUUGUUACAUAUCACUACAGCAUUACAGAAUCGUCCCGAAUACCAACUUGUACCUUUACUUCCUCCCACUCAUCCCUCAAUUGUACCCGUAGGCACAUUUCCUCCUCCUCAACCGUCUUCAAAAUCUUCUAUAGUUCACAGUCAAUCAUCAUUUGGCUCAUCAGUGGGAUCCUUUAUUUUUAGCGAUGACGAUAGUGACGAGAAGCAAACUAUACCAGCUUUAAGUCGGCACAACACAACUCCAGGCCGUAUCAUGACGCAGUUUCAAACAAAAGCGCAAGAAAAGUCUAUUGCGACAGCCAAGGAUAUGCCAAAGACGACUGGACAAGCGUCUUCGAUAUUAAAUAUUCGAAGUGGAUCCAUGUCUUUAGCUGCUUCCACUCAUAUCACAUCAGAAUUAGAUGACCAUAAAACGCCAACUAGUGAAUCUAUGCAAGAGUCGGAAGAGUACGUUGUGGUUGAAAAGGGAGUAGUUGAAGUCAAUUGGCUAGCAGAUCAAGUUGCGUCUCAAGCUCAGCUCAACAAGGAUGCAGCUAUGUCCGAUAGAUUACGAAAAAGUUCUAGUUUAACUGACCUUAGUGGCAGGAAUAAUGGACCACAAGCGAGAUUGCCGUUUGGUACUGCCAAGUCGUUCACGCCUCCGCGUAGAACAGACUCUAUUGUUCCUACUGCGUCAGAUUUUGUUCAUAACAGACCCUACAGCGCACUGUCUCUUCGAUCUGCCUCUGUAUCUGGUAUUAUUUCACCGAUAGCCACAAAUACUGCUCCUGUGAGUAUGUGUGAUGUCCGUAUGAAACGUACCAGUAGUGAUGCAUCUAAACCACGUGUUCUUGGAUCAUUGAGAUCUCUCAAUCCAUCACAAGAAUUACCAGCACAGACAAGUUUUUCAGAUGCUCAUCAUUCACAAAAUGAUGCCAAGUAUAGUUCGUUGCCAUAUAUGACUGAUUUAGACACCUCCGCGCUGGAUGAGCCCCAAGCAUCGUUUUUUUCUACUCUAAAUCUCUGUGCUUUGCGAGCACAUGCUGUAAAUACACUUGCCGAUGGCUAUUUUGUUGAGCUGGAGAAAUUUACUACUGCAAAAAGUUUGACACAGACAGGUUCCACGCCUACUUUGCCCUCUCACCAGGUCCAGGUCCAGGAAAGUAUAGUACCCAGCACAUUGGUAGACAUGAGACCAUUUGGUAGAGCUGCUGGACAAUUUAAUGUAGCGACACUUGCAGAUGAGACGCUGACACUGUAUCUGCAUUGCCUUGCACAAUACCAAUACGCGAUGGAGUUGGCAAGAAAGAUGUGGGAUCAAGAGCGUGAACGGCUGACACCCACUCAAUCGAUGUUGAUUUCUCGUUUUGGGUUUGGAAUACCAAAGCCAACUGCUACACCAGGAGAAAACAAUAUGCUUGCUAAUCUGAGUGUUGUAGUUCAGUGGAUUCGUGAUCGAUUCAAUGAUUGUCUUUCCAAGGCGGAUAUUUCUCGGUCGCGAGUUGGUAAACAUGAUAAUGUGGGUAAACAGCAGGGCUUUGUUGCAUCCAUCACGGGUGAUGGGAUUACAAAUACAGCAUUGCCUACUCGAUCUUCUUUUACAACCACUACUUUAGCACCAAAUAUUGCAGAGAAGCUCAUUUAUGACUAUGCAAUGCAUACAUCUCAUCAGGCUGCAGUACAGGAGCUUCAUCAAACUGGUAUGGGGAGAUGUGAAAUGCUGUACCAGCAAGCAAUUUUGUUACUCGAGUCACUCUUGCAUGUGCCACCACGACCUUUGUCACCUUUACCUGGCGUGCUUGCUCACACAGAUACGGACGGACAUGAUGGACAUGGGAGUCAAAAUGGAGAGGAAGAGUUGACGGACAAUGAUCGAAUCAUGAUUGAAAAGUUUCUGCUUGGAUUAUACUCGAGACUUGAUUCGUUACGGACUUGA